AUGGCGUCCCCGUAUGAGGCGCAGAAGAAGCGCCCACCUCCCAUUGAGAUACCCCCGCCGUACCCGCCUCGCCCAAUCGUGCCAGGUCCCAAUGCUUUUGCAAUUGCCGAGCGGGCGAAAGAAGAGCAGCGAAGGCGAGCAGAAGGGGGCCAACAAGUGUCAACGUCACGCCCAAGCACAGCUGAUCCUCUUGGUUCGUCACAGUGGGGAGCCUCAGCUGCCGUUGUCCCUUCAAACCUAGCAGUCCCGCCCUCGAAAUCGACGGCUACCAAGCUAUCUUCCAAGGAGGCUUACUCGAACCUGGUCGACCAAGUUCGCAAGUCUCCACGAAAAUCAGGCAAUUCACAACACUCAACGUCGGUGACAAGCCGCCAUGGUUCCACGGCGCGGUCCAGGCAUUCUCAGCGGAGCUAUCACAGCUUGACAUCUACCCAGAAUCAACUGGAAGGUCUUCGCGAAGCGGCUACCUCGAGAGCUGAAAUAGAAGCACAGAAGGAGCGCAAGCUCUUCAGAUUGAUGGGCCUGGUGCCUGACACGCCAACAGACGGCUCUGCGCCCUUGCCUGGCAACUAUGUGAACAUAAACGACCUUAGACAGGACAGAGGCUCUCAAUUGAGCAAGUCCUCAGAUCAAGAGAUUGUUACUCGAAGCCCAAAAAAGAAGAUAUUCGGCGUGAGCAUACCAUUCUCUUCGAAGCCCCUGCCCCGGGAAAGCAAAUCGCCGGCUCCGCCUAUGCCUCUGAAAGCGGCCAGGCUGAUGGGAGCGACUCCACCUCCUGCAAAGACCAGGAAGUUCUCCCCUUUGGCAAAGAUGUCAGGUGGAGUUGCUGUACCGCGAUCGGAUACGUCCAAGUCUCUUCCUUCAAAGGUGUUCAAUCAACCCGGGACUUACGGCCAUUCCCGUCGAUAUAGUCCCGUGCAAAUGUCCCCUAGGGGUCGGACGAGCCGCAAGUCGUCACCACCAAAGUCCCCAACGAAAGCACCGUUGACCGCACAUGAGCAGACACUUGAAGCACUGACAGGUUUCCCAAACACUACCCAGGAACUCCCGCCUAUUCCGCCGCGCAAAGAUUCACUUCCGCCAAAUCUUCGACAUCGAUUUCCGGAUCUAGAGAGGAAGAUUGCGGCCUUGAAAACUACGAAUGCCAAUAGGACGGUGAGUCAGCUUCUUCAACCACCCACGCCAGAAACAGGACCGGACGACUUCGAGGACAGCGGCAUGAAGCUGAUGGUGCCUUCUGUCCCCCCUGUGAAUCCCAUUCCUUCACGGGGUGGUGAAAGCCCCAGCAAAUACUGCCCUCGAGGUGGCAAGCCCGAGUUUGUCGAAGGUGAGCCGUUGUUCUCUGCUCACGGUGUGGUCGAGUACACCAUUGACGAAGAAGACGAGCCCACUUACAGCGCUCCAUUGACCUCAUCGGACAAAAGCAAUGGCCCACUUUCUACUCUGCGUGCUGAGCACCGGAGCGCUCCAACGACUCCAAUUACUGCAACCAGCGCUUGGCUUCAGCGUGGCGCACAGCAGGUCAAUGCCGCCGCGCGCCAAAAGCCCUCACCAGAGCUGGAGUACCUUCUUCCGACGGUGUAUUCGCCUCCAAAGACUGCAGUCCGCAAGAAAGAGAAGGAAAUCGAGCAGGAAGUUCUCCAAUCCGCCGAUCCCACGAGAUCUAAUUCUCCGACUUCUUCUUCCCUAUCGAUCCCAAUCGUCUUCAAGGGCGACGUGGGCGAGAUCGACCCGCAAUCGGCGACGGCAAGAUCGAUCUCAAAAGGUGCAGCUGAACAACCGGUACUUGGCCCCAAGAACGACAACGUGAGCGCGCGCAUCAUGGAAGAGCUGCGCAACCGACCACCCACCGAUGGGCCUGGAAAAGCACCUUCGCACGGCAUUCUACAACCCGAGCAGUCCUCCUCGAAGCUUACAGACAUGCUCAGCGGCGUGAGCCCCAGUCGGGUGGACUUUAACAACUACGACUCGUCCAGCGCCGUCCCGAGUCCGUUGCACAGGACUCCUCCGUGCGCGGUAGGCUCUCAACAGAUGCGUAUUUCAGGCCAGGUCCCACCCGUACUUCCUCAUACACCUAUACCACCUCCGCCCAAGGCAGGAGUGCCAAUCCACGACCAUUUCUACAUGACGAACGAGCAUAUCGACGUAGUGGCAAUGUCCAUCUACGAUUGGGUGCAGUCUUGUAACAACCAUGCGAUCAAGGCAGCAUCAUCCAAGCACGAGCAGCUCAAGACCACCGUUGACCAGCGAUUCGACGAUAUCAGGUCGCAGAUCAAUUCUGUAGGCGAGAAGGCCGAUCAUAACGGAAACCAGAGCCACAAUCUCAGCAUCCAGCUGGACAAGCUGCGUGACUUCAUCAAGUCUGAGGUCGUGGAGCUUCUGGCUGCGCAAACGGCGCGACUGAACGCGAUGGACCAUGGCAUCAAGGAGCUCCAGAAGUCGGUGCAGGAUCUACAAACUCAGGGCCAGAGCCAGGCGACUACGGCUGUGUAUCCAUCUCCUAGCGAGCCAAGCGCAUUAGUCAAUUCUCGUUCGCAGCCAUCUCUACCACCCUUCUACGACCUCAGCGGCCCUGGCAACGACUCCCAUCCCCCAGUUCCCUCAGGCCCAACUGGCUUUGGGCGGUUCGGAAACAACACUCUCCUUGGUCGUCCACCGUACGGUAGGGACGGUAGGGAGAACAACAGCAGCUACCCGUUCCCUAAUAUGGGCAAUCCUUACCAUUCUCCGGGUGGUUCCUUCGGCCACGGUGCAGGAGGGUACCCACAGCCGCCGAGCAACUACCCGCCGAUGCAUGACCAGCAGCCGUGUGGCUACAACCAAGUCUUGCCAAAAUGAGGGAUUGCAAAGAAGAUGCAGACUUGCUGACGGCGAAAGGUCAUUCGGACAGCCAUAGGCAUCGUGCAGAGUUGAAUUGGGUCUCGAUCCUUGCAUCUCACGCAAACAUGCGUCCGGGAUACACAUUCUGCAUUGUCUCCUCUGGGCCAGCAAGGCCGAGCUCGGAUACUGCGAUUGGGCAACGCUAACGUUUGGGGGAUUUCGUGCUUUUGCUUGGCCAGCUGUCUUUGACUAGGGAGAUGGGCUUGUUCACGAAAUUCACUUGUAAUGAUGCUUGGAAAGAUGCCCAGACGUCUCUUUUGGGGCCUCAACGCUACUAUGCCCGCAGCGUUGGCCAUAGGGCGCGGAGCCGCUUGGCGUCAGCUUUGGGGAGGGCACGGAUGUCCGGGGUACUUCUCGAUAGUGACACUAAUUCAAUG